CCGCCGUACAAACUUCGUCAUAGCACUUACUUGCAUUCGAACCACAUUUCCGCAUUCCGAACACGAUGCCGCCCCUCCCCUCCACCGUGCAAGCACUCACCACCCGUCUCACUGCGCUCUCCGACGCGAACAAGAACGUUGGCCAGCUUAUCCAGCGCCUCGCGAAACUAGAGUUCCAGCCCGGGUCGCAGCCACUGAAUACUGACGAGGGGGAUGUGCGCCUGGAACUGAGUGCCGAGAUACACGAAACUUUGAAAGGAAUCGAGGAAGAACUUGAGCUGCUGAGACAGGAAGCUGAAGAUAUCUUGCAAAGCGGGAAUAGUGUAGGCAGGAGGAAAGAUAGCGCAAAGGAGAGUGAGAGAAGUAGGCUUGCGGUACUGCUAGCGAGGUUGACAGAGGACUUGAGAUCAUCAAGAUCACAAUACCGAAAAGCUCAACUGACUGCCAAACACAACGCCGACCGCGCAAAACUCAAAGAACGUGAACUCCUCUUCUCGAACCUACAAUCUGGCGCCUCGACCCCGUCAUCUACAUACCGCCAAAGGAAGCAGAACCAGGGGCUUGCAGAAGGAGAAGUUGUUGCUCAGGCAUCGUCGGACGUGACUUCUGCUCUGCGACGAACACACCAGUUGAUGCAAAACGAGCUCUCGCGCUCUCGAUUCGCCCAAGAAACACUUGAACAGUCCACAGCCGCGCUCGCAGAUCUCGGUGAAAGAUAUUCAGACCUCAACACAUUGCUUGCAAACAGCAAGAACUUGGUAUCGACCCUCCUGAAGAGCACGAAAAGUGAUACGUGGUACCUCGAGACUACGUUCUACAUUCUCAUCACAACCGUUAUCUGGCUUGUUUUCAGACGCUGGUUAUACGGCCCUCUAACCUGGUUCGUGAUCUGGCCUUGGAAACUCUUCUUCCGCGUCGUUUUCGCAGUCUUUGGUGGUAGCACUGCGUCUGCAGCAGUAACGUCCAGCCUUGCCUCCCUUUCACAACCUACGACAAGCCUUAUCGUCAAACCCAGCGCAACAGGUGGUAGUCCACGUCUCAACAUAGAUCCCAACCAACAACAACAUCACGUACGCGUCGGCGGUGGUGGAGGAAAAGGAUACAUGCAAGAUCCCAGUCCACCGGAAUCCUUAUCGCAGCAAGUUGGCAAGAUGGCAGAACAAAACCAGCAACAACAGGAAGAGGUACUUGAUCACCCGCAGUUGAGGGAGCAGAAGCAGCAAGAGAGUGAAGAUGGACCGGUCGUAAGGGGUGAUGGGACAGUGCUCAAGGAGAGCAAUAAGCCGAGAAACCCAAAGAAGAAGAUGUGGGAGGAGAAUGUGGAGAGCGAGAAGCAUGAGCAGGCUCAAGCAGAAGGACAGGGUGAGAGACAGAGGGAUGAGUUGUAAGCCAUGAGCUGUGAGUGAGGAGUCGACUAUCAAUAUGAAAUCUUAUGAUCUAUG